AUGCGAUCUCAUGGCGCAGGCGACUUCGCUUGCCACCAUUUGCUGGUUUGCCACGCAGAGGAGGAUUCAAAUCAUGUGCAGCUGCUUUCUGCCCUUGACAUUGCGAGGGGUCUGUUGGCAACGAGUUCAGUCGAUGUAUGCAAGGAGGCAGCAGAAGUGGCAAAGCAGUCAGUUGACAAGGUCAUGAAGUUGCGAAGCGAUGUGCCAAGUUGUGCUUUGGCUGACAGCUUGGGGGACGCUUUGGACACCUUACAUAGUGCCAAGCAGAACUGCGUGCUGGCAAUACCCUCUGCUGGAGAAGGUGAUGCGAAGCUUGAGUGCACUGUUGUCGGCGGUGCAGUGACGCCUGCUGAUGCUCUCAGAGCCAUCUCCGAGAACGUCAACUGCAGAAACAUGAGUGUGGCAAAAUGGCUGCACAGGUCAGGGAUCAGCCCAGAAGAUCGGUUUGUUUGCUCAGACGCAUCAUUGGCAGAAGCCGCAGCCCUGAUGAGCAAAGGAGGCUUGCAUCAUUUGUUGGUGGAGGAGCCAUCCAGAUCCAAGAUUGUGGGAGUGCUCUCAGCUUUGGAUAUUGUACGUGCGAUUGCAGGUGCAUACCAGAAGACUUUGGGUGACAUGGAAGGCUCCUCCAGCUGAGCUUCAGCCCAUAGACAUUUGAAGUGGGCAUGAUACCAAGUCAAAGAUAUGAUAUAGUCUUAUUAAUGAUCAGCUUGCCUCUGAUGUUUGGGCCACAUUGAGCCAAAUUGUUCCAAGCUAAGCACCGAACUGAUCCAUUUGGCUGUGAGUAUAUGUUUUCCAACAGGGCCAAGUCCGGCAGAGUAGCCAGAAGGUACACAGCAGCCCUGCAGAGUUGAAGUUUGAUCAGAAAUCUGACAGCACAACUCGAUCUGACAAUUUAAAGUUAGCUGAUCUCCCAAUGAGGAGACAACCAGUUGUUAGAGGUUGGCAUGGAAACACUCCAGCAAAAUCGUGUGCAAAA